AUGGACAGAUUGAACCAGUUGGCCGGCCAGUUGAGCCCUUCCUCCAAACAGUCGAUUCUCGAGAAGAACCCUGACGACGUUGUCAUUGUCGGUGCUUACAGAACCGCCAUGACCAAAGGUGGCAGAGGUUCCUUCAGAGACGUUGGUUCCGACUACAUCUUGUCCAAGUUCCUUGAAGCUUUCCUCAAGAAGACCGGUGUUGACCCUAACUUGAUCGAGGACGUUGCCUGUGGUAACGUUUUGAACAGAGCUGCUGGUGCUUCUGAGCACAGAGGUGCCUGCUUGGCUGCUGGUAUUCCAAACACCUCUGCUUUCAUUGCCUUGAACAGACAGUGUUCUUCUGGUUUGAUGGCCAUCUCUGAGAUUGCCAACAAGAUCAAGUGUGGUGAGAUUGACGUUGGUAUUGCUGCCGGUGUCGAGUCGAUGACCAAGGGCUACGGUGCUGAAGCCAUCCCCAAGGUGGACCCUGCUUUGCAGGAGAACGAGGAGAUGGCCAAGUGUUUGAUUCCUAUGGGUAUUACCAACGAGAACGUUGCUGACAAGUACAAGAUCAGCAGAGAGAGACAGGAUGCUUUCGCUGCCGAGUCAUACAGAAAGGCCGAGCAGGCUGUUUCGAGCGGCAAGUUCAAGUCUGAGAUCUUGCCCAUUGAGGCUAUCCUUAGAGGACGACGAUGA